UGAGAGGCCCCACUGGCACCAUGAAAAAGGUACACGUUUUGUUGACAGCUCCUAAUUCACUUACCCGCCAAAUCUGCCCCCAAAUCUAAUUUGGCGCGAAAAUUCAAACACGCUAAUUAAUUUUCCAAAAAAAAUAAAAAUAAAACACCUCUCAGGGGCGUCGCUUUAUAAGGUAUGAAUCGGGGAGGCCUGUGCUUGUGCACCUAACUUGUUCGACGAGAGUUCUGACAGAGAGAUAAAAGAGUGAAAAUGUAUGUGGUGAAGAGAGAUGGCCGUCAGGAGGCUGUGCAUUUCGACAAGAUCACUGCGCGGUUGAAGAAGUUGAGUUAUGGGCUUAGCAUCGAGCACUGCGACCCGGUUCUUGUCGCCCAGAAGGUCUGCGCUGGUGUCUAUAAAGGCGUCACCACUAGCCAGCUUGAUGAAUUGGCCGCUGAAACUGCUGCUGCUUUGACUGCCAAUCACCCUGACUAUGCAUCCUUGGCGGCAAGAAUUGUUGUUUCAAAUCUGCAUAAGAACACAAAGAAAUCAUUUUCUGAGACGAUUAAAAUCAUGUACAACCAUGUUAGUGAGAGAUCUGGACUGAAAGCUCCACUAAUAGCCGAUGAUGUUUAUGAAAUUAUCAUGAAGAAUGCGGCUCGUUUGGACAGUGAGAUAAUCUAUGAUAGGGAUUUUGAAUAUGAUUACUUUGGUUUUAAGACCCUGGAGAGGUCCUACCUCUUAAAAGUACAAGGGAAGGUUGUUGAAAGGCCUCAGCACAUGUUAAUGAGGGUUUCUGUUGGGAUUCACAAGGAUGAUAUUGAUUCUGUUAUCAAGACAUACCAUAUGAUGUCUCAGCGGUGGUUCACUCAUGCUUCUCCCACCCUUUUUAAUGCAGGAACACCAAGGCCUCAAUUGAGUAGUUGCUUCCUUGUGUGCAUGAAAGAUGAUAGCAUUGAAGGCAUAUAUGACACCUUGAAGGAAUGUGCUGUUAUCAGCAAGUCAGCAGGAGGAAUUGGUGUAUCAGUUCAAAAUAUCCGUGCCACAGGCAGUUAUAUUCGUGGAACAAAUGGGACAUCGAAUGGCAUUGUUCCAAUGCUAAGGGUUUUCAAUGAUACUGCUCGUUAUGUUGAUCAAGGGGGAGGCAAGAGGAAGGGUGCUUUUGCUGUCUACUUGGAGCCAUGGCAUGCUGAUAUAUAUGAAUUCGUAGAUCUGAGAAAAAACCAUGGAAAGGAAGAACACCGGGCACGUGAUCUAUUUUUUGCUCUUUGGGUGCCUGAUAUCUUCAUGGAAAGAGUCCAAUCUAAUGGACACUGGUCAUUGUUUUGCCCUAAUGAGUCUCCAGGGUUGGCAGAAUGCUGGGGUGAAGAAUUUGAAAAGCUCUACACCCAAUAUGAAAGACAGGGUAAGGCCAAGAAGGUUGUUCAGGCUCAGAAUCUGUGGUUUGAAAUUCUAAAAUCCCAGAUAGAAACUGGAACCCCCUAUAUGCUUUUCAAGGACUCUUGCAAUAGGAAAAGUAAUCAGCAAAAUCUGGGUACCAUUAAAUCCUCAAACUUGUGUACUGAGAUAAUUGAGUAUACAAGUCCAACGGAAACUGCUGUAUGCAAUCUGGCAUCAAUUGCUUUACCAAGAUGUGUUAGAGAGAAGGGAGUUCCAUUAGAGUCACAUCCUUUUAAGCAUGUUGGAAGCAGAGAUUCAAAGAAUCGAUAUUUUGAUUUUGACAAAUUAGCUGAGGUCACUGCCUUGGUCACUACAAACCUUAACAAGAUAAUUGAUGUUAAUUACUAUCCUGUUGACACUGCUAAAAGGUCAAACUUCCGACACAGACCAAUUGGUAUUGGAGUUCAGGGUCUAGCUGAUACCUUCAUCUUGCUUGGCAUGGCAUUUGAUUCACCUGAGGCCCAACAACUAAAUAAAGACAUAUUUGAGACCAUAUACUAUCAUGCUCUAAAGGCUUCUUCUGAGUUGGCUGCAAAAGAAGGCCCUUAUGAAUCAUAUGAGGGCAGUCCUGUGAGCAAGGGAAUUCUUCAGCCAGAUAUGUGGGGUGUAGAACCUUCAAAUCGAUGGGAUUGGGUUGCUCUUAGGGAAAUGAUAUCUAAGAAUGGAGUUAGAAAUUCACUUCUCGUAGCCCCAAUGCCAACAGCUUCAACCAGCCAAAUUCUUGGAAACAAUGAGUGCUUUGAGCCAUAUACUUCCAAUAUUUAUAGUCGCAGAGUUCUGAGCGGUGAAUUUGUUGUGGUGAACAAACAUCUUCUUCAUGAUUUAACUGAGAUGGGCCUGUGGUCCCCUGCAAUUAAGAAUCAGAUGAUCUAUGAGGAUGGCUCCGUUCAGAAGAUUGCAGAAAUCCCUGAUGAACUUAAAGUCAUUUACAAAACUGUUUGGGAGAUCAAGCAAAGGACAUUGGUUGAUAUGGCAGUUGAUCGUGGAUGCUACAUAGAUCAGAGUCAAAGCCUAAAUAUACACAUGGACCAACCAAAUUUUGGGAAACUUACUUCAUUGCACUUCUAUGCAUGGUCCAAGGGCCUGAAAACAGGGAUGUACUAUCUUCGAUCACGUGCUGCAGCUGAUGCCAUCAAAUUUACUGUAGAUACCUCCAUUCUGAAGGAAAACCCUAAGGUUGAAGAUGACGAUGCAAAAUUGGCACAGGUGGUUUGCUCUUUGACGAACCGUGAAGAGUGCUUGUCUUGUGGAAGUUAAAGAGAUUUCCUUCAUGCUGAGGGAGCAAGAAUUUGGCCUAAUUUGUGUGGUUUUGGUGGAAACUUGUUUUUGAAGGUUUUAGACAAAAGGGUUUAAAAAUCUAGAGAUGGAGUGUCUUGGUAUGAAGUGUGAAUGACAUGUAAACUAAUGUAAUAGCUGAGACUCCUAAAUUAUUAAAAUAUGUAUGUAUUUUCCCAUUGAGUUUGGAUAACAGAGUAACAUGUGUAUGUAUUUUUUUCUUUGGUUUCAUUUUCAAAAUACUUUUCCUUUGUCUCUGUAUUCAAUGUCCUCUUUCUUCCUAAAGGUUGGUGUAAGAAGAUUGAAAAAACUGCCAGAGCAUUUUUUUGGAAAACUGAAACCAAAGCGUCAAGAGGCUCCAAUCUAGUAGCCUGGAAGAUAGUGUACCAAAGCUGUGUUGUAUUUCAACUGAAGAGAAAAAGUUUUGGAUUUAGGCUCUUAAGGCUAAAUAUUUUCCUCAUUCCUCUUUCAUGAAGCGCAAAAAGGUAAGUGUUAGCUUUUAGUUAUGGUCUGGUGUCUUGAGGGUUAGAUCUUCUUUUGUACAUUUCAUACUUUGUAAACUUGAGUUUUAUUUGAGUUUCUAGAAAGACUAAUAGAUUGGCCCACAUUGUGCGUUAGUGGGCUGUAACCCAAUAUGUCAAUGGAUCUGUGAAACUAAGUUGGUUGCUGUCUUUGUUUGUUGUUGAUUGUAUGAUUCAGGAGGGAGUAAUCAGAAGAUUCUUAAAUCUAGGCUUGUUAUUUGGCCUA